CCUCAACUAAAUCAAAACAAAUCAAACACAUGCUAAGAUUGUUUUUAUUUAAACUUAUAAAAACUAUCUAAAAUCUAUUUGAUGAUGGCUGUAAAUGUUUCAUAUGUAUCUGCAGCUUGCAAUUAUGUUCCUGGGGCAGCAGAUUGGGGCAAUAAUAAGUUAAUUUGUUAUGCUGCAUGCAACUCUGUUCUGAUUUACGAUCCAAAUCAAGGAGGUGGUAAAGUAACAUAUACUCUAAACAAACAUACAAGUAGAGUAAAUGGUGUCAAGUGGAUUUGGGGAUCUGAAUAUGAAAAUGAGCUGGUUUCUGUUUCUUCUGAUAAAACAGCUGUUGUAUGGACUAAAAAUGAUAAAGAAUACCAACAUGUUGUUCUUAAAGGUCAUGAGGAUGUUGUCACAGUAGUUGAUGCACUGUAUAAGGAUAUUUUGGAAGGACAUAUUGUAAUAGCAACUGGUUCUUCUGAUUCGAGGAUAAACAUCUGGGAAAGAAAGACUUUCAAUGGAGAAAUUUCACUUAAGCAAACUUUAAAUUUGGGCUACAACAUUGCAGUAUCUCUACGAAUAUGUUUAAUCCCUGAAUCUUCUGAUUUAUUAAUUGCUUGUGGUACUAAUCAAUCAAAUAUUCAGUUAUUUAUCAAGAAAACUAAUGAAAUAGAAGCUGGACCUGUCCUUCAAGGGCAUGAAGACUGGGUCAGAGGUUUAGACUUCACUCUAGAUGGAAAAAACAUCCUCUUGGCAUCAUCUUCACAAGAUCACUUCAUACGAGUAUGGAAAUUCAUCGAUAAGCAUGAAUCAACUGUAAUAACUCAACUUGAACUUCAAACAAAUAAAGUCUGUUACAAUAUCAUAAUUGAUUCAGUCUUAGCUGGACAUGAUGGUUGGGUAUAUUCAGUAAAUUGGUGUCAAGGAAAGUUACUAUCUGCUUCACUUGAUAAAAGCAUGAUUGUCUGGGAAUUUAAUGAUGACGCAUCAAUGUGGUUGGAAUCUGAUCGGGUGGGUGCCAUUGGUGGGAACACACUGGGUUUCUACGGUGGGAUGUUCAGUCGCGAUGGGCAAUUUAUGUUAGCACAUGGUUACCACGGCGCGUUUCACAUUUGGAAGUUUGAUGAAGAUUUAUACACGUGGGAACCACAAGUUACAAUCGGGGGACAUUUUAAAGAAGUCACUGACAUAUGUUGGGACCCAUUGGGAUUGUAUCUAAUGUCUGUCUCUGGUGACCAAACCACUAGAAUUCAUGCACCUUGGAAAAAAUCAUCUGAAGAUGUCUCAACUUGGCAUGAAGUAGCAAGACCUCAAGUACAUGGCUUUGAUAUAAGUUGUUUGGCUAUAAUAGAUCAUUAUCGGUUUGUUUCCGGCGCCGAGGAGAAAAUAAUCCGAAGUUUCCAAGCGCCGCAAACAUUCGUUGAUAAUUUCAAACAGAUUUGUAAAAUAAACGAUGAUGACACAGAUUACAACGCACCCAAAGGUGCUUCUGUGCCUUCAUUAGGCCUAUCAAACAAAGCAAUCUAUCAGAAUGAUAAUACCGAACAAGCUACGGUCAAAAAUAAAAAGGAUAUGUAUCCCGAAGAGUCGCAUUUUACUGCUGUGUCGCUAACUGAACCGCCAACAGAAGAGAAUCUGCUUCAGAAUACGCUUUGGCCCGAGGUUCAGAAACUCUACGGUCACGGAUACGAAUUAUACGCGCUGGCGGCGUCCCCCGAUGGGAAAUAUAUCGCGUCCAGUUGCAAAUCUACGACCCUCGAGCACUCCGCCAUCAUCGUAUGGAAUACCACAAACUGGCAGAUUGUCCAAAAACUACUCUCACACACACUUACCAUUGCGCAGCUUGCUUUUUCUCCGGACUCACGGCAUAUUCUUUCCGUCUCACGCGAUAGGCGUUGGUCACUGUUCACAAAGGACGAGUCUGAUUUGUUUACACUGACGGCGACCACCGGGAAGGAUAAGAAGCUGGCUGUGCACACCCGCAUCGUGUGGUGUUGCGCUUGGACGCACGAUUCGCUUUACUUCGCGACGGGAUCACGCGAUGGCAAAGUCGCCGUGUGGACGCGCGGAGAUGAGACGAUCGCGGCGAGCCAGGGCAAUCCUCUGGGGUCGUGUCGGCCGGCGUCGGUGGUUUUGGAAAUGAACAAGGAGUCGAUAACGGCACUGGCGUUUGCACACGGGCUGCUCGCGGGUGAUUAUUUGAUGGCUGUCGGGUUGGAUUCCGGCGUGAUAUGUUUACACAAGUGGAAUGUCGAAGGAUUCACACAGAUUGCGAAUAUUGAUCAUGGAAUUGGACAUUGCUUGACGGUGAAACGUUUGACUUUCAGACCAAGGACAAAACAUUCCACUGAGGAUACUGUUCAACUAGCUAGUUGUAGUUCUGAUCAUUCUGUUCGUAUCUUUGAUAUAAAUUUGUAAUUUGUAAAUAAAAGCACGCUGGGAAUGAA